AUUUUCUCCACCUCUCCUCCUCUCUGCUCCAUCUCCUCUUCUCCUCUCCCUAUCCUGCGCACAGUCCGUGUGGAGCGCUAGAAGCCAAUAGGAGCCAAUAGGAGCAGGCUUUGGUAAUAGAUGCAAAUGUUCGUGAAAAGACGCUGCAAAAUAUGAAACAAGUCAUUUGCUGCGAAGUAAAUCACUGAAACUGUUUAUGAACUGGCAAUCCCUUCUUGGAAAUGUAAAGCGACAUAUCCUUUAAGUGGUUAUUUUUUUUUUAAUCCAAACAAAAAAACAAAAAACAAAAAAACAAGGGAUGCAAUAUCAUCCAGGGAUAGACUUUUGAUUGUAUCUUUUUCUUUUUAUAUUCCUGGAAAUCACAGACACACCAAGCCAGGAACCCCUUUUUUUCCUGCUUUUAAGCAUUAAAAGAAACAAACAAAAAAAAAAGAGAAAGAAAGAAAUGAGUUCUUAUUUUGUUAAUUCACUCUUCUCCAAGUACAAGGCAGGGGAAUCUUUGCGCCCCAAUUAUUAUGAUUGUGGCUUUGCCCAGGAUCUAGGAGGCAGACCCACAGUGGUGUAUGGACCCGGUGCUGGGGGCACUUUUCAGCACCCUAGCCAGAUUCAGGACUUUUACCAUGGAACGUCUUCCCUGUCCUCACCCCCUUACCAGCAGAACCCCUGCGCUGUGACCUGUCAUGGGGACCCCGGCAGCUUCUACGGAUACGACCCUUUGCAAAGGCAGAGCCUGUUCAGCAGCAGCCAGGAUUCGGAUCUAGUGCAAUACACCGACUGUAAGCUGGCCUCAGCUGGCCUGGGGGAAGAAGCAGAGAGCUCAGAGCAGAGUCCUUCACCCACACAGCUCUUUCCCUGGAUGAGACCACAAGCAGCCGCUGGACGUAGGAGAGGUAGACAGACCUACAGCCGCUACCAAACCCUAGAGCUGGAGAAAGAAUUCCUCUUCAACCCUUACCUUACCCGCAAGCGGCGGAUUGAGGUGUCUCAUGCUUUGGGACUUACUGAGAGACAGGUGAAAAUAUGGUUCCAGAACAGGAGGAUGAAAUGGAAAAAGGAGAACAACAAAGAUAAGUUCCCCAGCAGCAAAUGUGAGCAGGAGGAACUGGAGAAACAGAAAAUGGAGAGAUCACAACAAGACACUGAUGAGGCUCUGGAUGGACAAAAGGGUGAGAAGAGCCUGGACUGAGAAGCCCACUGACAAAGCCACUUGUCUCUCCAGCUCUCCCCAAUGUUCCUGGAAAGAUACAGAAGGGGGCACAAUGUUGCUGUAAAAGAUGUAGCUGUAAAUCGCCCCUUUCUCUGUAACUCAUCCUAUUUGAUACCUAAAUUGACCGGUGCCCCCCCCCCCCCCCUAAGAACCAGGAAACCUGCUGUCUUCCCCACCUGGUAGGGGGGAUGGAAAUGACUUUCUAGUGUCUGUGUAUAACGCAAUAGCUUUUUGUGGAUCAUAACUUGGGGGUUUGUUUUGUUUUUUUCCUUUUGUUUUUCUUUUUUUUUCUUUUUGGUUUUGGUGGGGAAGGUUUGCUCUAGAAGUUUUGUGUGCACUAUUUCUCUAUGUGGUUUACUGUAUUUCUUUCUACAAGACAUAAAAAAACAGACCAACAACAUGAAACUGCCUAAUUCAACUGUAGUCCCCCUUCUCUAACACAUUGCUAGAUGCCCCCCCUCUUGUUUUGUCCCUGGCACCCCGCAUUCUCUGUGUGUGCGAGGAUGUAGAUAGCAUGCGCCCAGUGAAAAGCCACUUGUGUUUUUUUAGGGUUACUGUGAACAGACUGUAUACUGUAUACGUGAAUUCCUUUUAUUGAAAGGGGGGUGGGGGUCAUUCUCUAUUUUAUGGUUCUGCACACUUUUGUCCUAUUGUCUAAACAUGGAAACGGCGGAAGGAGUUACAAUAAAGUUUACAAGAGGGACCGUGA